GACGACGAGUCAAGGGUUGCGGAGGGGUCCCCCCCACUUCGUUUUGAGACGCCACGCCGUGGAAACGUGGCAUUUCCAUUUCCGUCAUGUUGAACAACUACCACACGCUCGAGAAAAAGUCGUUCGACGCAACGACUGGCACGGUCGAAUAUCCUUGGUACCGCGUCAAGGAGCACUUUACCCGUGAACUCCUUGCCGAGGGCACGGGGAUGUUCAUCACGAUGGCGUUUCUGAACGGCGUGGUCGCUCAAGUCGUGAUGGGCGGCAACUCGCAUGGCGACUACACCCACAUCAACCUCGGUGUCGGUCUCGCCUUCAUGAUGGGCAUCCACACGUGCGGUGGGAUCAGCGGUGCCCACUUGAACCCGGCCGUGACAAUUGCGCUGGCGGUCCACGGCCGCUUCGAGUGGAAGAAGGUACCGCUCUACAUCCUGGCGCAGCUCGUCGGCGCCUUCCUUGCCGCGGCGGUUGUGUUUGCCAUCUACUACCCGUCGUUCAACGAAUUCGACCCCGUUCGCAGCGUCGCCAAGUCCGCCGGCAUCUUUGCCACGUACCCCAUCGAUUUGUACGCGAACAACCUGUUCAGCGCGUUCUUGACCGAGUUCUUCGGCACCGCUUUGCUCGUGUUUGGUGUGUUCAGCAUCGACGACCCGACCAACAUGCCGACGAACCCGAUCAUGAAGCCCCUCACCGUCGCCCUGAUCCUCGUCAUGAUCGGCAUGAGCUUCGGCCUCCCCACCGGCUACGCGUUGAACCCGGCGCGCGACUUUGGCCCGCGUCUCUUCACUGCUGUGGCUGGCUGGGGCGUCGAUGUGUUCACGGCGGCCAACUACUACUUCUGGAUUCCCCUCGUCGCGCCCGUCGUUGGUGCAAUUGCCGGCGGCGGAGCAUACAUGGUCACCAUCUACAACCACCACGACCACCACGAUGACAUGAAGGCUGCCAAGGUCUUGAACGCGUCGCGCGGCUACGUCGCUGUCCCUCCGCAUGCUGUCGACGACCAUGCCGUCGCUUCGCUUGCUGCUUAAACUUUAACCAAACUCUACGUCCUGCCAUCAUCAUGGUGCACUCCGUCCAAUCUCGAGGCGAUGGCAGAGUCGACACAAGGUCGACAGGUUGGUUGGAUCGCGCAGGAUAUUCGCCACAACGAUACACGUAUGCAUUUAUGUCGUGCACCGUUGACGCCGCGUGCGUCGUCAUAUUGGACCGCGACGGUAGCGGUGGAAAGCCUCCCCGGUGAUAUCACCCGUGCAACGAUGGUCGCAUCGCGGCACGGCAUGGCGUCCCUCUUGAUUUCGUCUUGACUCUGAGAGCUCUGCUAUUGGAGUCCAUUUCCCAUCGGUUCCAAGGCUUGCCCCAUGAA